AUGUACGCACGGUACCGUACCCGGUCGCGCUUCUACAAGCGCCCGGAGAGGGUUCUGAAGGCCUACAAUGUAAGCCCCAACCUCCUGCGCCGCCCCAAGGUGAAGCCGGGCCUUCUCGCAGGUCUCUACACGGAUGAGAAGAUUGACCUACGCGACCGCGAGAGGCUCGAACUGGUCGAGUCCAUCCGCCACCCCAAAGAACGUGACUUCUACCAGGAUCACACCUACCACAACCAGUGGAUCGCGCGUGAUCUGGAGAAGCAUCAAAAAGCGCAAAUUGCGGGCCGCUACCCGUACUUUGCUCCGAACUACGAGAUCAAGCCGUGGAUCUGGUACCCAGGCGACACGGUCGAAGUGGUCUCUGGCGAGGGGGCCGGCCAACGCGGCGCCAUCAUCGCUGUCGUCAAGUACAAGAAUGAGAUCCUCGUGCAGAACGUCAACGUGAAGGACGUUGUCAUCCCGGCGAGUGAAACACGACCCGAGCAGGUGGUCCAGCGCGAGCAUCCCAUCAAUGUCCUUCGCGUGCGCCAUGUGGACCCGUCCACAAAUCAGCUCUGCCACCUCGAGAUCGUGAAGGUGCGCAAUAAGGAGACAGGCGAACUGGAGGAGCGGCGCAUCUCGCUGGAGAGCGGCGCGCUACUGCCCAUCCCGGCACCGGAGGAAACCGUAGAGGCGGGUGACCCGCUGAAAGACACGGCCAUCCAGGAUGCUGACGAAGACACGUAUGAUCGGCAGAAAGAGAUGCCGCUUCUGGUGGAGCGCCGGCUGCAUGCGAUGGAGAAGUACUUUGUGGACUCACUACGGAAGUCGUACGAGUACCACAAGCCGCUGCAGGUGCGCAAUGCACAGGACAUGAAGGCCUUCCAGAGGGACGUGCUCGUACGCGCAACAGAGAAGCUGGCAGCUACGGCUGCCGUAGCGGCGACUGAAUCUGUGCAGCCCGGCGACGCCGAAGCGGACACCACCAAGAGCGUCAUCACGGCUGAAACGGUUGUUGCCGAAGUGCUCAAGUCCGAGCAGCAGUAUCAUAGCCCCACAGCGCCGCCAGGAAUGCCUGCAUGGUGGCAGAGCAUGAUCAACUCGUACAUCUCGGUGCUUGAGGACGAAGAGGCGACUCAUGAAGCCGAGGUAGCGGCUCAGGCACAGGCGGCAGAGGCGGAUCGCCGUGCUGAGCACCUCAUGGCCGGUGCCACCGCUGAGGCGGACCAGCCAAUGGCAGAUGGCGAGGACCUCGACGAGGAAGAUGGCGACUUGGACGAGGACGCCGCCUACGAUGACCGGUCGACGGAGAGCCGGGUGUGA